UAAGAAUAGUCGCUGAGUUGAGGAACUGCACUCAGUUAUAGUUUGAGUGUGUGAAUCACUAUCGUCAAGCAGACUAGGAAAGUACAACAAAGAGAAUGAUUUCAAUGGAACCACAACUUUGUUUCGUCAGCCUCCAUAGUGGGAACCAAUUUGAUUUCCUGUUAACAAGAGAUUAAAAGCUGAGGGGAGCACACAGCAGCAGUUCAUUCACUGCAGCAGUACAAGUCAUGGCUAAUCUCAAUACUGCAUUGCAGUACUCAGGCAUCAACUUCCCAGGACACCUGCAUACGCUGCAGUCUAUGCACUAUGCUGAGGAGUUCAAGUUUCAUGACACAGAUAUUCUGAUUGUUACGUACCCCAAAUCAGGUACAACAUGGAUGCAGGAAAUUCUCACACUUAUUUGUAGUGAUGGAAACCAGGUCCCUGCUAAAACCAUCCCUAACUGGAUUCGAACACCAUGGAUUGAACAUUAUUAUUGUGAGGACAUUCUGCAGGACAAGCUAGAUAAUCGAAUUAUUACCACCCACCUACCUUUUCACAUCCUCUCCAAGUCCCUCAAACAAUCUAAUGCAAAGGUAAUUUAUGUUGCAAGAAAUCCAAUGGACGUAGUUGUUUCAUUUUAUCAUUUCCACAAAAUGGCAAAAUUCCUGCCAGAGCCUGGAACUUUUGGGGAAUUUCUGGAAAAAUUUCUACUUGGAAAAGUACAUUUUGGAUCAUGGUUUGAACACAUAAAAGACUGGCUAAGUCACAGAGAAGAAUUCAACUUCUUGUUCAUAACCUAUGAGGAGCUAAAGAAGGAUCUUAGAUGCUCUGUCGAAAAGCUCUGCAAAUUUUUAGAACAUUCUCUUUUGCCAGAUGUUGUGGACACAAUUGUAUGGCACUGCAGUUUCACAAACAUGAAAGAUAAUCAAAUGAUUAACUACACACUUGUUCCUAAUGAAAUUAUGGAUCAUCAAAGAGGCAAAUUCAUGAGAAAAGGUAAAGUCGGAGACUGGAAGGAAUAUUUCACAGAAGAACAGAAGCAACACUUCGAGAAGGUUUUCCAGGAGAAAAUGAGGGAUAUGGACAUUCGGUUUAUCUGGAGUUUAUAACUCCUAUAAUCAGGACAGACAAUUGUUAUUUAAAUAGCUUAAUAAGUAACCAUAACACUCAUUUAUAGUUCCUUUGUGUGUGUUGAAAAGGCUCCAGUGAACCAUUUCAGCUGUUUGGAAAACAUGUAACAAUGCAUUGCACUGACAAUGCAUACAGAUUAAGGUAUUUUAAUUCAAUUUGAUGUUCUCUUAAAUAUGCAUUAAUGAGAGAAUCAAAAAUCAGUAGUUAAGGAAGCAUUUAAUGUCAUUGAGGCCUAAUGUACUUUUCUCUCAACGUAAUGGAGCAAAGUAAUAUUUAAUCAGUACAAAAAAUGACUACACUCCUCUGGAAAUACCACCAUUGGCAAAGAGCAAGAUGUUGCAAAUCAGCAACAUCUUAGUGAGCCGAACUCAAGGGCAAACUGGAGGCCUAAAUUACUGUAGUCACAAGUGAAUUUAAAUAGCUAUCCAACUUAGUUUUAUUUUGCAGAUGUUUUUUACAAUGUGCAGUUACUGAUUAACAGAUGUUUCUGUUUAUUCCAAUAGUCAUCAUUAAGAGUGACUUUAGCAGAUAUUGGAGUUCAUGGGUCAUUAACAUUAAUAGGUAAACACACCAUAUGAUCAUCAGUAAUCAUUCUGACAAGUAUGAUUAUCCACCUAAUAAACUUCACAUCACUAGUCGCAGGUUCUGGGGUCCUUGUGCGGCUGAUCAGUGUGAGCCUAGAGUCACGUCUCUGAUGACACAUUUCGCAGAUGUUUCUGGGAGGAUAGAAUUGGUCCUUUUUGCCUUUGAAACCUGGAGGAGGAAUGGCAGUGAUCCUAUUUAUUAUUUCCUUUUGCCAGUGUUCUCAAAGAAUUGUUUCCCUUUUUACAGAAGAUUCCUCUGAGUCAGUAUCUUUUUUCCCCUCUCAGUGAGGGUCUCCCAGGUAGUGGCAUCUGUGUUACAUUUUUUGAGGGAAGCCUUCCUUUGUCCUCCUCUCAUUUUAUUGACUUCCUUGAGCUGAGCAAAGAGGAUUUGCUUUCAGAGUCAGAACUUAGGCAUCUGAAACACAUGGCUGGCCGAGUAGAGGUGGUUUAGACAUGUGCUGGAGCCAUAUAAGAUGACAAGGACAACUGCCUUAUACACAAAAAGCUUGCAUUAGUGUUGAUGUCACAAUUAGAGAUGUUCAUCCUUAGUCAUCAGAUGAUGAGGCUUGUGGAUUGGAUAUAGCAUUAAGUCUCUAUAUCAUGUCAGCUUUAGAUGAGAGCUGGCUUCCCAGGCAGGGGAACCAUUCUACAUUUGAGACCAUUUCUCUACUGAUCUUAAUGGAGUGAAAGACCAGAAGUUGCCCUGGGAUAGGUUGUACAAGAUGGUAUGCAAGAGAUGACAAAUAUCUAGCUUACAUUUUACUCUCAGCUGAAUUAAUUUCUCAGUCUGUUACCUCUACUGGUGAGGAAAUAAACCCUGGGUUUCCUGCCUGUUAGUUGCCAGUCAUCUCUGAUGAUGAAUGAAUAUUUGGUCUUAAAUCAAUACAUCUGACAGUUGAGGACUGUUGUGGCAUAGUGGUUAUGUCCCUCCCUGAGCCAGAAGUCCUGGGUUCAAGCCCCUUUACCUGCAGAGGUGUGCCAUACACAUCUAGAUAGGUUGCUUUAAAAAUACCAGACUUCCAUUUGACAAUCUGCACUCAAAGAACGGCUACUUGUAAGUACCACUGGGACAACUGUCAAAAUACCAACUUCAAAAUGGGGAGAAAGAGAAGGAAUUUUUGGAAAAUGGAAUUGAAAGGGAUUGAUAGUGACCAAAAAGAGAAUCAAUUGGAGACAGACUGUAAAAUAACAGAGGAACAAGGGGAGAUAAAUAAAAGUUCCUUUAGCUACCAUGCAUAUUUACAGAAUGUUAAGGAUUCAGUUUACAACUAUAAAAGUCAAGCUUUAUUUUUAAAUACCAGGACAAUUUACUUUUUAAAAACAGUAUAAACAAGCUUGUUGAAAUUAUUGUUUAAUGCUGAAGGGCUUUAGGAGUUGGUGAUGCAAUCACUAUAUGAAUCUGCUUAUUGUAUAAUCAGAUUUAUUUUAAUAAAUUCUCAAACGCAAGUGUGGCUAGAUUGUUCAAAAUAUUGCAUAUAGUUUAUAAAUGAAGAGUGGGUAUGAAUUUUUUUUUAGGAUGGUUGAAUGCCAUAAAAAUGAUUAAAACCCCUUUGCAUUUGAAAAUGGUAGAUUUUGAAAAAAAUCUUGUCACUACACUGGAAGAUUGAAAAAUAUCAACUAAAAUCCAGAACUUAAAAUUUUACCAAGAUUUUAAAAAAUGCUAACAUUUCCUUUAUAAAGAGCAAGCAUACAUUUUUAUGUUUAUCACUAGAAAUUGUCAAAAACGUGCAUUCUUCAUUAACUGGUAACUUGAUACCAAUGCUCUUUUACUUGAUAAUAUAAUUGUAUUAGACAAUAAUAUUACCAAAAGGUUGAUUAUUUAAUGCCAAGUGGUUAUGAAUCACAGAGGCUUUGGUGUAUUACCUUCCCUUGAAUGUAAGUGAGCAAGACCAUAAUUAAAGUUGAAAAUUGUUAAAAUGGAAGGUGAAUGACAAGAUAUUCACAAGGCAUGAUAGCUUUAUUUUCUGAUAAAUUAAUUGUGUUAUUAAUCACAAACUAAGAACUUUUCAGAUAAUCCACAAAGAAAAAAAAUGUUUAACUGUAGUAUUAUACAUAUUAUUGACCGAAGACAACUAUACAUGUAAAACUAUUCAAUAUGGCAUAAGACUAAGUGAACAGCAACAAGUGGUCACAUUACACAAUGUUAAGGAUUUCCUAACUACCCAAAAAUAUUUUUUUAAAAUGUGACAUCCAUCAAGAGAAUUGAAAUAGGCUUUCUGUCAAGCUUUUCCAGUCAUGAGAUAGUGAUGCUUCUGUACUAAGCAGAAACUUCUAAACUUUAGUUAACGAUUACAUGCCUUAUUUGUACAUAUCAAGAUAACACCAUUGAAUGUGAUUUCAAAGCUCAAUUUUUAGCUUGCGCAAUUGGUCUCUUUAUUUGGAAGUUGCAGAAAUCUUUUCAAAAAGGCAACCUCAAGUUGAUUUUAAGGAUUUAAAUUUGACACUGGGCACUCAAACAAUGCAAGACCCAAAAAUUCUAAUGUUUGUAUCAGUCAGAAGGGUAAUUAUGAAAAAAACUUACAUUUUAACUUUCACUUUAAAAGAAAGUAACUUUUCAGUGGCCAUAUGUAGACUGAUUAAAAAUUAUUUUUAAAAAAGUUACUUUUAUUAAAACUUCUUCCAAAAUGUCAUUCUUGUUCAUUUAGUACCAACUUAUGAAAAUCAUCAGGAUAAUUAGUAAUAUCAAAUUGUUUUAAAAUUGUGUUAAUUUGAGAGUUAUCCAUUCACUAGUGCUAUAUCAUAUAGGCUGUUCUGAACCACACAUACAAAAAAAGCUUUGUGUCAAUAUUAUAGCAAAAGCUUGUUUCAGAGGAGAACAAAGGGACUUCAGUUCACCAAUGAAUGGUUGAAGAUGGUGUAAUGUUAAUUCUGAUAAAUCUUUAAAAUCAGGGAAAAAACUCUGCAAGCCUUCUAACUUGUGUACUUUGCUUUUGUUCAAAAUUCACAAGUGUUUACUUUGAGCUUUACUCACUUGAUCACUUUCAUGGCAACACCUCAGGUGGUUCUAACCAUAACUACUUAACUACAUUAAAUACGUAAAUUGAAGAAACAGCAUUGUAAAUGGUCCUCUGAUUUACAGUUAGAAAAAUCCAUUUCUAUUAUGUAGAACUUUGGAAUUUCAACCAAUGCUUUGGGAGUGAGGUUAGGAGAUGAAUUCCACAAGUUUUCUUUAAAAUGCAAACUGUAAGCUGAUGGCCUUUGUUAAAACUCAAGGAAUUCCCGUCCUUAUACUGGAUAUCUAGACUGCUGUAAAGCACCAUUCUAAAUUGCACUGGUUCUUUUACCAUUGGUAUUAUGCUAUCAUAGAAAAUGAGAAUAUAGGGCAGUGAUAUUGAUUUGGUCUAAUUUAGUCUCAACUAGAAACCCACCAAUUAUGUGUGUGAAUAUUCAUAGACGGCCUAAUUUCACUGAUCCGAGACUUGCCCUAGUACAAGAGCUACUUUAUGAUUAUUUUCAGAGCACAACUAGGAAUCAACCUAAUCUAAUAAAUAAGACAAGCAGAUUUGCUGCACUACACAGAUCUAACAUGGUGUAAAACAGGAAUGUAUUAAGUUAGCCAAUUAGAAGAUCAAAACACAGAAACAAAAUGCUUUAGAAACAAUUCCGAGUUACCUUAUACAAUGUAUUUUAUCACUGAGCUGCAUUUGAGCAAGAUAUCAAGCCCAGACUAAAUGUGCAUAUUUUAAUUCUAGUAUCUAUUGCAUUAAUGGUAACUGUUACAUCAAUAUCAAAAGAUAGAUUUCCCCAUUCCAGUGGGUGUGCACAGCUUCCUGCUCAACCGCCACCAUAAAUGUUCCUGUCACAAGAGUUUUGUACCUGUACAGGUCUUUUUACAAUCUGAUGUCACCUUUUCAUACUUACAGACUACGUAUUUGACAAAAUGGUUUCACUGCUGAAAGACACCAAAUUACACAUAGAGGAGAUGCUGCUAUCCCUUGCUGUUGCAUCACCAUGCUGUUUCUGAACUUUCACGAGUAGCUUUCCAUUUGGAACUUGAGAAAUUGCAGCAUCUCGGGUAACAAACCAUUCGGACAAGCAGAGAUUUUGCCCCAUUUCCUGAAACUUUUUUCUGAAACUUCGGUUUAACCAGAAGUACACAAUGCAGUUGAAGAAACCAUUUCCACACGGUAACCACAGGGCAACGAAUUCCAACCACUCUGAUGCCCCCUGCUGUGUUAGAGCUGAAUUUAAGACAGAAUUAACAGAGGAGCGUUUGCUUGAAAUAAAUGACCAAUUCAUGUUAUAAUACUAUCAAUAAAACACUAUCUGAAUUUUAAACUAGUGGUGAUUCAAGUAAUCUGCAAAUCAAUUCCAAACAAAUUACUUUUUUGAAAUAUCAUUGUAAACCAGUAUUUUCCUCAUGCUCAUGUUAGAGUUAAAGUGAAAUUAAAACACAGGCUGGAGAACUGUAGAGAUAAUGAUGGUAAAUGACAAUGGAUGAACUUAUAAACUAGGAUAAGAAUUUUGAAUUCAAUGUGUUGAGAAAUGAAAAAUCACUGUCAAUCAGACCAAGGGCAAUGGCUCACUGACCAUUGUACAAAUGGUAGACUUGGAUAGGUUAGGAGGCAAUCAAGGAGUAUUACAGUAGUCAAGUCUUGAGUUAUGACGGCACAUGUAGAUGACUUUUGAAUAUUAGUGACAGUCAAUUUAAUGAAGGAAAUAGUCUCGCAGAUGGAUGGACAUGGAGUUGAGAGGUCAGUUCAGGGUGGAAGAUGACAACAUUGAAGUCAAAUGUUACAUGGACUCAACUAAAUAAUUCAUAGACUGAUGUUUUUAAAAAAAAUAACAAUAUUUAGGUAAACUUACACAGCAAUAUUUAGGUAAACUUACCCUGCAACAUCCACCUCCUUAAAGAACAAGGACAGCGGAUGCUUGGGAAUAAUACCUGCUCUGCUAAUUCCUCUCCAAGUCAGAUAUUGUCCAGAGGUGGAACAAUAUCACAAUUUCUUUACUGUUGUUGGGUCAAAGCCCCAACUCCCUAACAGCACUGUGGAUGUACCUAUUUCACCUUGACAGCAACGGUUCAAGACAGCAGAUUAUUGUCACAUUCUCAAUGUUAAUUUGGGAUGGGCACAAUCUGUUGGUCUAGUCAGUAAUGCUUACAUCCCAUGAACAAAUGAAUAGCAAUAAACAGAAUCACUACACUGAGGACAAACUUUCAAGCACUGUUUUGGGGAAGUGGUUGCUAAUUGCAAUUUAAAAGAAAAAUUGUGUAAUGAAGUUAACAGUGGCUAGUGCUUAGGAAGCCAUUUUCUCCAUUAUAGAUGCUGAAAUUCU